CCUGCGUAGAGAGGUUAACUCUAUCUGGAGUAUUGGACGUACAUCCCAUGCACUUCCCUCCCUUUUUCCCAGUAGCGACGAGCAUAAAAGCUUUUCGAAAUCCUCACAUCCCAAAUUUCUGGAUAGAAUCAAUCUACAACAUAAAAAUCCUCGGGAUACUCCAGCAGUUCACUCGGUUGCCAUCUCCCCUCUACCUACGUUCCCUCCCCCGAGCCUCCAUAUCAGCGGCUUGGAACUAGAGCAGACCAAAAAGCAAAAUAGAAAAAAAAAGUCUCCAACAGCCACAAUGCCUCACGCCACGAAGAAGCAAUCCCGUCCACGGCUCACCGCCGCCGUGUCGACCCCCGUUCAGUACCCGCAGACCCGGACACAGUCCAGCCAGCCAUCUUCCACGUCCAACUCUUCAUCCUACCCCUAUGUCUGGACGGCAGCGGACGCAGCUAAGGCGUCUAGAGACGGCGCUUUUCUUACACCAUGGCCCCGUGAUGAGUCUUACUACGCCCCACCUGUCCAUCUCCUGGGCCAAGGCUACCAGGGCUCUCAGGGCCAGGGCCAGGAACAGAAUCAGGAUGGGCAGUAUUACUACUCGUCAACCCGCAAGCCAUCUACUACGCCGAACCAAGGAGGGAGCAGUGAUGGGAAAUAGCGAUAUUUUCAUGGGUUCUUGUCAAACACUCCUGUCUCCCCGCCCCCGAAGGAAGAUUAGGGGGUUAGUGAUUUUACGAGCAUAUUGAUACGGAAGACCAGUGCUGCUUGUAGAGAUAUACGGCGAAUACUAUGAAUUCGGAGUUUUAUGGCUGUCAUAAGGAGCAGGAGGCAUGAUAGGAUAGGUACUGAAUUGCCAUGGGUUAUUGAGUGUGCUUAAGAAUGCGCGUGAGGGGGGCCCCGGGUUAGACGAUAGGACGCAUGUUUAACAGGUUGUCGCAACACUUUUUGUAUUAAAACGUACAUUCGCUGUGGCUUCGGGGAGCUGGAAUCCAGGUUGUAAGAAUCGGGU